CCGCCGCGGAGCCCCCUGCCCGCCGCGGAGCCCCCUGCCCGCCGCGGAGCCAUGUCGCGGCCCAGGCACGUCCCGCCCAGGCAGCCCGGCAGGGGCGCGGGGAGCGCGGGGGGCUCGGGCACCGCCGCGGCGGCGGCCCGCGUCCGAGGCGGCAAAGGUCUGAGGGAUGUCCGCGUGGACGAGGAGGUGGAGAUCGCGGUGAACCUCGCUCUGGAGCGGUUCCGCUACGGAGAGGACACAGAAAUGGAAUUUCCCUCUUCUUUCACUAGUACUGAAAGAGCGUUUGUUCACCGGCUCUGUCAGUCUCUUGGACUGAUAUCUAAAAGUAAAGGAAAAGGGGCAAAUCGAUACCUAACUGUAAGGAAGAAGGAUGGAUCAGAACUAAAACGUGCAGUAAUGACUUGUGCCUUGACUCCUGUUACAAAACAUGCUGUUUGUACUUUAAUUCGGAAUUUCCCUGUCACAAAUAAAGAACGAACAGAACUUCUGCCGAAGACAGAGCGAGGGAAUGCAUGUGCUGUUGAAUCUGAAAGCAGAGAAGUGAUUAAGACAAGUGGACGACUCAAUGAUGGUAUACCCCAGGUUCCAGUGAAAAGAGGAGAAUCUGACUUUGAUUCCUUCAGGCAAUCACUACCAGUUUUUGAAAAACAGGAAGAAAUUGUCAAAAUAAUAAAGGACAAUAAAGUUGUUUUGAUUGUAGGAGAAACAGGAUCAGGAAAAACUACUCAAAUCCCUCAGUUUAUUCUUGACGACUGUUACAAAACUGGAACUCCCUGUCGUAUAUUUUGCACUCAGCCAAGACGUUUGGCUGCACUUGCUGUGGCUGAAAGAGUGGCAGCAGAAAGAAGAGAAAAGAUUGGCCAGACCAUUGGUUAUCAGAUCCGAUUAGAAAGCAGGGUUUCUCCAAAGACAUUGGUAACAUUUUGCACUAAUGGCAUCCUGCUUCGCACGCUCAUGGCAGGAGACAGCACCCUAUCUAAUGUGACACAUGUUAUUGUGGAUGAAGUACAUGAGAGGGAUAGGUUCAGUGACUUCUUGUUAAUAAAACUGAGAGAUGUGUUGCAAACCCAGACUAAUUUAAAACUCAUUAUUUCUAGUGCAGCUCUAGAUGCAAAUCUCUUUAUUAGGUAUUUUGGAUGUUGUCCAGUAAUACACAUCCAAGGAAGACCUUUUGAAGUUAAAGAAAUGUUUUUGGAGGACAUUUUACGAAGUACUGGGUAUACAAACAAAGACAUGAUAAAGUACAAAAAAGAGAAGCAGCAAGAAGAGAAGCAGCAAAGCUCUCUUACUGAAUGGUGUUCUGCUCAAGAAAAUAAUAGCACACUAGAACCUCAGAGACAAAAAUCUGUCCCAAGGGCAACGGAAGAGUAUAAUCUGUUGGGUGAUGGCGGUGACACAGUAUUUAAUCAACUGACUGAAAAAGAUGUGAAUUGCCUUGAACCAUGGCUAAUAAAAGAAAUGGAUUCUUGUCUUUCUGACAUCUGGUUGCAUAAAGAUGUUGAUUCCUUUGCUCAAGUGUUCCACCUCAUUUUAACUGAAAAUCUCAGUGUUGAUUAUAGACACAGUGAAACCAGUGCGACUGCACUAAUGAUUGCUGCAGGGAGAGGCUUUUUGAAUCAAGUAGAACAGCUGAUCAGUAUGGGAGCAAGUAUCCACUGCAGAUCAUCUAAUGGCUGGAUGGCUGUGGACUGGGCUAAGCGCUUUGGACAGACAGAGGUUGUUGACCUGUUGGAAUCCUACAGUGCUUCAGCAGGAUUUGGAAAUUUGGAUGAAAGUUCCCUGGUCCAAACAAGUGGUAGUGACCUUAGUGCAGAGGACAGAGAGCUAUUGACAGCUUAUCAUCACAGUUCUGAUGAUGAAAAAGUGGAUCUGGACCUGAUUAUGCACUUACUUUAUAACAUCUGUCAUAGUUGUGAGGCUGGAGCAAUUUUAAUAUUUCUUCCUGGAUACGAUGAGAUAGUGAGCCUGAGGGACCGUAUUCUUUAUGAUGACAGGAGAUUUGCUGAUAACGCUCACAGGUACCAGGUUUUCAUGCUUCAUUCAAAUAUGCAGACUUUGGAUCAGAAGAAAGUGCUUAAAAGUCCACCUUCUGGUGUCCGCAAAAUAAUUCUUUCUACAAACAUUGCAGAAACCAGCAUAACAGUCAAUGAUGUUGUAUUUGUUAUUGACUCAGGCAAGGUGAAAGAGAAGUCUUUUGAUGCACUAAGUUGUGUUACAAUGCUGAAGAUGGUGUGGAUUUCAAAAGCCAGUGCUAUCCAGAGAAAAGGCAGGGCUGGUCGCUGUCAGCCUGGAGUCUGUUUUCGUCUCUUCAGCAGGCUCAGAUUUCAGAAUAUGUUGGAAUUUCAGACUCCAGAACUUCUAAGAAUGCCACUUCAGGAGCUUUGUUUGCACACAAAACUUCUGGCUCCAAUUAAUUGUUCAAUUGUUGACUUUCUUAUGAAAGCUCCUGAUCCUCCACCAGCUUUAAUUGUGAGAAAUGCUCUGCAAAUGCUCAAGACAAUAGAUGCCAUGGACCCUUGGGAAGAUCUCACUGAACUUGGUUAUCAUCUCACUGAACUGCCGGUAGAGCCACAUCUUGGUAAAAUGGUGCUGUGUGCCGUAGCUUUGAAGUGCCUGGAUCCUGUUCUUACCAUUGCCUGUGCUCUUGCCUACCGAGACCCCUUUGUCCUUCCUGCGCUGGCCUCUCAAAAGCGUGCAGCCAUGCUCUGCAGGAAACGUUUUACUGCAGGAACGUUUAGUGACCAUAUGGUGCUUCUCAGGGCUUUCCAGGCGUGGCAGAAAGCACGCAGUGAUGGCUGGGAGAGAGCCUUCUGUGAAAAGAACUUCCUGUCUCAAGCCACAAUGGAAAUCAUUGUAGGAAUGAGAACGCAGUUGCUUGGCCAGCUUAGGGCCUCAGGUUUUGUUAGAGCCAGAGGAGGAGCUGAUAUCAGAGAUGUUAAUACUAACUCUGAAAACUGGGCUGUAGUUAAAGCUGCCCUAGUGGCUGGGAUGUAUCCCAAUCUUGUGCAUGUAGACAGAGAAAGCCUGGUUUUGACUGGACCAAAGGAGAAGAAAGUGCGAUUUCAUCCUACCUCUGUGCUUAGUCAAACUCAGUAUAAAAAGAUUCCCCCAGCAAAUGGCCAAACUGCAGCUGUUCAGGCACUCCCAACAGACUGGCUCAUAUAUGACGAAAUGACGAGAGCUCACAGGAUAGCGAACAUCAGGUGCUGUUCUGUGGUAACACCUGUCACUGUGGCACUCUUCUGUGGACCAGCUAGAUUACCAAGUAAUGCUUUGCAGACAUCUUCAUCCUUUCGAGGGGGUGGGGUAUCUAAUGAAAGCAGUGACAGUGAGAUGGAGGACAAAACAACUGCUAAUUUAUCACUACUGAAGCUAGAUGAAUGGCUCCAUCUCAGACUGGACCCUGAAGCUGCUGAUUUGCUGUUGCAACUUAGACAGAAGUGGCAUAGCUUAUUUCUGCGUCAUAUGAGAGCUCCUUCAAAGUCGUGGUCUCAGGCUGAUGAAGCAACUGUAAGAACAAUUGUAGCUGUUUUAACUGCUGAAGAACAGUCUGCAGGUUUGCAGCAACCAUCAGGAAUUGGUCAGAGACCAAGACCUGUGGCUUCUGAAGAACUUCAUUUAGCAUCUACACGGAGGUCAGGCAACAGCAGAAAAAGUGCAGCAGAAACUGAAUUCUCUGACUCCUCUAAUGCUGAAAAAGUUUUAAUGAAAUCUACACCUCCUGCACUUCACCAGGCAAAGAAGUACAAACGAAAAAAUAUUUUACAGUCCAAACAAACUUCAGAUGACAGGUCAGAUCGAUCAUCAGUGAAGUCUGCAGACAGCAGUAGCUAUCCUAGCCCUUGUGCUAGUCCUUGUUCUCCAAUAUCUGGAAAGUGUUCCAAAUCUCCUUCACCAAGACAAAAUAUGCCAGUUCGGUACUUUAUAAUGAAAAGUAGCAACUUGCAGAACAUUGAUAUUUCUCAGCAGAAGGGUAUAUGGUCCACUACACCAAGUAAUGAGCGAAAACUGAAUGGAGCCUUUUGGGAGAGCAGCAUGGUUUACUUAAUAUUUUCUGUUCAAGGGUCUGGACACUUUCAGGGUUUUGCUAGAAUGGAUUCAGCAAUAGGGUGUGAGAAAAGUCAAGACUGGGGAUCUACUGGUUUUGGAGGUGUAUUUAAGGUGGAGUGGAUCCGAAAAGAAAGCAUUCCUUUUCAGUUUGCACACCAUUUGCUCAACCCUUGGAAUGACAAUAAGAAAGUACAAAUAAGCAGAGAUGGACAGGAGCUGGAACCACAAGUUGGAGAGCAGUUGCUGCAGCUUUGGGACCAUAUUCAUUCAGCAGGAAAAAACUCAACUGAUUAAGCAUGUCAGAUAAUGUGAUGGAGCUGUGGUUGUUGGAACAUCAGCUCUAACCACAAGAACCAGCAGCGUGUCUACAAUAUAAAGAUGAGGAAGAAGGUGGCGCAACAGAUUCCUGAAGCUGCUAGUCAUACUGUGCAGCUAGGAGUGGAAAAAUAAGAGGGAAUUUUGUUGGUUUCAGUGUUUCCUAGUCUUAACAAAUGUCAAUAACAUUAUCCACCAAUCUGUUUUUGACUGAAUUAUUUUUUCUACAGUAGCAUCCAGUAGAUAUUUAAAAACAUGGUAAAAUUCAACUGAUUUUGAAACAAUGCAACACCUCUAAGUUAUUCUUGGGUUUAAAGUAGCGCAGCAGACUGUUUAAACACGCAGUUUUCAUUUAAAGACUUCUCCAGUAAAAUCCAGUAAAAUGUGUGAAAGAAACCAGUGUAAUGUUAAUUAACCAACCUUGCAGUUUGCAUAAAAGAAAUAAAUUGAGAAUAAAUAUCUCCAAAUAGAUUAGAGGAUUCCAUAAGUGUUUGUAUGGCAGUGCAAAUUUCUGUAUGACAGUGCAAAAGAGCAGGAUAUAUUCUUACAAACACUUAGACAGCUGGAGAAUAUUACUUUUUAAUUUAAAUUCAUGAGGCUUUUGAGUGUGGGUCGGUCCAGUAGUGUUUCCAGUUUCAAAUAUUUUUUGCCUUUAAGAAGUACUCACACUUGGAUAAGCUGGAACAGUCUUUCAGAGGCCUGUUGCCAAAUGGCACUCUAAUAGUUCACUAACUUGGGCAUUAUUAGAAGAUUUUUACUUCUUUUAUAAAAAAUAAAAAAUAAUUAGCACUACCACUUCUGUCAUCUUUCAGCGUAGUUCAUGCUUCCUUUCUAUACCUUGUCUUUCAAGUUCUUUUCUUUCUUCCAUACUACUGUUGUUUUGCUUUAUUUUGCUUCUCCAUAGUCUUUAACGUCCUGUACUAUAAGGCUGGUAUAAAUUCAGUCUGCUUAUUGUCAGCACUAUGUUUGUGGUCAUUCUCAGGUUAAGAGCUUUUUCUGCUCCUGAGCCGCUACUUAGUUUCUCACAGGAUGUUCUCACAGAUAUACCCUGUAUAUUUGUUCUUGCAUUCUGUGUAGUGACUCCCAUAUGUAAACUGUCGGUUUUAGUAGGUUUAGUGCCAAGACUAGCAGGGUCUAUGUAAUGCUGUAAUGCCUAAUGCAGUGUUUCUGGAGAUGGUGCACACAAGGGAGCUGUGAGGCUCGUGUUACGUUAUACAGUACUUGCAGACCUGUGCCCACAAAGAAAUCUGGGGUGUAUUGCCCUGUAUAGGAUUACGGGUCCCCAUGCACUGCAAGGACAGAACUGGCACAGAAGGAGAGCAGGGGCAGGCGUAGUGUUUGGUUAAGGAGCCUGAGGAUGGCUUCUGCAGCUUGAUGAUAAGAACAGUCCAGCCAAGGAUUUUUCAUUCCUCAAGGGCGUUGUCUGGUAUACGUCUCUUGUUUGGAGAAGAGAUUGUGCCCUGCCGCCUGAGUCACAGCCACAGUCAUGUAAUUUUUGGCAUGCCCAGAUGUUAUGUCUCACUCAGUCUUGGAGGAUUAUUUGACUUGCUCUUGUUACAACCCAGGUAAUUGUACUACUGAUCUGUAUUUUUGCCUGUACUGUUAUUUGGAGAUGAACUGUUUGUCCCUGAAGCUGUUGGUCUGGUGUUUGUAACCAUAUUCUGUGACCUGGCACGGCUGCCUUAAGCCCUUAUGCUCUGGUGUUACAAGUCAGAUGUGAUACACUGCAUCAUGGGCAGCCCUGACCCUGUAGCAGGUGCCUCAGUUGAUUACUUCAGGACUUUGCCAUGCCCAUGCAUGUCAGAUUCUACUUUGAUUAGAGCAAGUCAGAUGGAUGGAAACACAGAGUUCCCCUUAUAUCUUUUAGAGAUACUGAGUAGGAUUUGAAGCAAUGCAGUUUACUACCUACAAAAAGAUCCAUCCCUUACCCAGCAAGACCCUGGGGCUGUGAUAGAGGAGAAGGCUUUAGCCCCUGUCUGUGUUAAAAGCGAUCAGGCUAAUGUGGGGAGCAAUGCGUGAUCCUCCAGGUAACAGUAUCUGCCUGUGAAACAUUUGAUCAUUGUCUGGAGGCUGUGGAAAAGGAAAUUUCUUUAUGUAGAGUCCCAGAAGACAGGAAUAAUACUUCAUCUCAUUCAGAUUCAGACAAUGCUGUGUCAAGUUCCUCCCAGAUGGAGGACUUGGUAAUCUAACCAGUUGUUAAAACAGAAUGUGAUGCUCGACACUCUUUCACAAGCAUCUAAUAUAGCCGAACUAAGCAGGUGCUGUCACAAAUCUGUUACUGUAAACUAUUUAAGCUGGCUGGCAAAUAUGUUACACAGCAGAUGGAGGACACCAUCUGAGUUUCAGACUGGAAAGCCUGGAGUCUCACUUUGGGGUCUGGGAUCCAACUACAGUUUCCAACAGGAAGUGCACAUACUCUCUUCCAGGUGGCACUACGACAUGUUCAGAGAAUACCCCAAGAUGAUUGAGGACCCCUGGGCCAGUCCCACAGAUUUGGAUUGAGUUUGGCCAGGGUGGUCAUCAGUCAUGCUUUAGAAGUAGCACCUAUUGGCAGAGGAACAUUGUGUGGACAUUGUCCCACAUGUUCCAUAAGUGCCCGCUAAUCAAAAAAGGGUCCUGGUCCACUUGGAGCCCAUUUCAAUAGGCACUGGCCUUACAGGCACAGCAACCAACCUCACAUGGGCCCAUCUCUUACAAAAGUUAGCGUCUGGAGAACAGAUCUAGCGGACUUUUCUUGAUGCUGCUGAAGCAUUUAAAUGCUCAUCUGUAAGGACAUAAUUCUGCUUGCUUUUAAAUGAUUUGAAAGAAAAAGCUUCAAGAAGCUUCCCUCUGAUCUCUCUCAUUGGAUGAUUAGUGUUAUGGCGACCAUGCUUUCUCAGAGAGACUCCUUUAUUUUCUGCAUUGUCAUCCAUACAAAUUUAGUAGGUCUCAUCUCGUAGAAAUAAGGACAUCUUUAUGGCUAGCCAUCACUUCAGUUAAAUUGUUGCAAAAUGUCUGUACAGUUAUUUCCCGAUAGUUCUUUCUGCAGAAUCCUCUGCUCUGGUUUCAUGUUGUGUCUGUAAGACCACAGCUUUGAAUGUUUUGGAAAACCACUCCUUAAAGCCAUCAAGCACCUUCUGGUUUCCUAACCUUGUGUAUUGACAUUCUCUGUUUUCACUUUGUAUCACCUGGGUCCCCAAAGAGACAGAUCUUGGUAACCAUGUGUCUGAUGUUACCAGUAGUAUCAUCCCUCUGUGGAAGAACUUCAGGGCUGCACCUCUGUACUGGGAUUUUUAGGGACACCUCAUCUGGCUGAUCAUGACUGAGUGUGAUUAAACUCUGUGAAGUGAAAACUAAAGCAGGAUGAAGGCCACAGAAGUGGCCUUCUGUAUCUGAAAAGACAACUCUUAUCUAUGAUGACAAAUGGGAGAAAUAGCCCAUCACCAUCUUCUGUGUAACAGUAAAAAUCCUGUCUUGGAGGUUGUAAGCCAGGAAUGAUUUACUCUGCUUUAAAGUAAAUGAAGUUCUUGCAAGCUAGACUAUUGCCCAUAAACACUGGAGUGAGGAGAAAGGAAACAUAAAUGGAGGACAGCCACAGGUUUGCAAAUAUUUUUUCAUAAAUGAAAACUUAGCAGUAUUGAUUCAGGGCAAUUCUUGUCAUGUUCCUCAAUGCAGCAGGUAAGAUUUUUGCCAGUGGCUCCUGAGAAAACGCUGAGGUGUGCUGCCCUCUCAGGAACAGAUUUCUGAAAAUAGGUAAAAGUGGCAAGCUGUUUUGCCACAGACAGAAUUUGGUUCCUUUUGCUAGGAACAAAAGUAAGUUUGUUAAGUAUUUUUUAAGGGGUUUUUUUUGUUAAAUAUUUAACUUUUAUAAAAAUCUUACGUUUGUAUUGGUUAUUUGUUGCAACUACUUAUUCCAAUAUUUGCUUUUUUAAAUUUUUUUUGCCACUAUUGAACUGGUAUAAUUUUUGCUCCAUCAUCCCAACAGCUAUAAAGACAUUUCCUCUGGUCCUUGUGGGUUUAAUUUCUACUGUGAAAUUUUUUGCAGUUUCUGUCAAAAUGAAAUCACAGCUCAUAACUGGCAGAUUUCUCUGAGCUGAUUGGAUCAGUCCAUAAUUACCCCGAGGUGCUUUGUCUUUAAAGUGAAUUAGAGUGGUUUCUGCAAUUACUAAUUUUCCCCCCUUUUUUUCUCAUGUGGAGCUGAAGUGAUUGUCCCAGAGCAACCACUUUCUAGAUGUAUUCAGUCACUGUCUGAAUGACAUUAGCUGUUAAAAGAAAUUUUUGUCACUAGGCUCUCAUCUCCAUCUGUUAGAUGUAUUGGCACAGAUCAAUUAUGAUAUCUAGUAGCUUGAUCUUGGUGCCUUAAAAGAGAGACCCCAUAAAAAGGAAUCCCUGGGCAAUUAUGCACUUACAAUAUAAACUUCCCAUCCCUCGUGACAGUCCAGACCAACACCAUUAUUAGGGUCUGGAGUGUUUUUGCUCUUUGUUGCUUCACUGUUUUGUUACCAAGUGGUUGCUGUGUGGUCCUCUUCACAUCCUCUUAGGUUGGUUUUGGUAGGGGUCAGUUCUGUAGUCCAUGGUACAAUCUGGUUGUUGCAGUUCCCAGACUGUGAUCUCUGGGUUGUCCGGUCCAGCUAUUAAUUUUUAACUAAUAUUUGGGGGAUAACCAUGUCUAUUCUAACUGUUGUUAAUGUUCAUAUUGUUAGCUCCAGGUUUCACUAUGAUCCGUCUUUGACUUAGACAUACUCAACAUAUAUAGUUUAGAUAAAGUUCAACUUGUGGCUUAACAAUUCUAGCUACUUCUGUCAAGCAAGCACUUAGCUACUUUCAAAUAAUACAAAAUUUUAAGCAUUAGUAGUUUGUCUUCUGUUGCUCUACAUCUUUCUUCUAGCACUUAGCUGCACUGUUACCUUUCCUGUGGAUCGUGCUAUGUUGCUUUCAGCCAUCUCUCAGCUGUCUCUGUUCCAUCUUCUAACAGGUACCACAGGCCAGAAAGUAGGUGAUGCUGCUCUGGAUUAAAAGCUUUAUUUGUUGUUUUGAUUCUUUUGACAGAUGUUGAAAGGGUAUUACCUAGAUCAAAAGUGUAAAUCUGGGUUUAAAGACAAAUCAUGAAAGUAGACUGAGGGAAUAGCCCCAGUAGAGAAUAAAAUUUAAGAGUCCUGAAGAUAUUAAAAAGUAUGCCCAUAAUUAAAUCAGGCAAUUCAAAUUUUAUUUGUGUCAAGCCCAGAAUGAGUUUUAAUGCUAAUUUCAUACCUUGGGGAUGCGAAAUCAUUAUUUUUUGCCUUGUGUUGUAUAGUGCAUAGCUUUGAGAUUCACAAGCUGAUCUUGUAAGUUUGCCUAUGUGAGUGGUCAUAUUGCAUUUGGUGCUGUUGAUAUAUGAGCAAAGGUUGUAGCUUGAGGCUCUUAAAUAAUAUACCACUUUGUUCUAUCCAUAUGGAAUGUCUGGUGAAGCCUAGCAGCAGUCAAAUAAGAUUAAGAAAUAGGGAACAAAACACAAUUGCCAAAGUUGCUACUAUAUGAGGAUGUUCUGGACACUGGGCAGAAACUGUGAAUGAAAUUGUAUGACACAUGUAAAAUAGAUUUAAUAACUUCUGCUCUUGUAAACCAUAUUGAUAAUCUGUUUUAAAAGCAAGCUGUGUAGAAAUAGGAACUGACUCUCUGUGCACCGACAAGCUUUCUGUGAAUUUUAGUUUAUAGUGUGUCUAGUUAAGAGCACAAAACUUCCUUUCUUUGAUUGUUUUUAUGGGUCUUUUCAGAUUAAGCAUCUCUUUUCAUACUCAUGCUUCUUGUAUUAGUUUAAGUGCAGUUACUAAUGAAGGAAUCUGUCUUGCAACUCGACAAUUUCAGCAUUUCAGUGGCUGCUGCUUUCAACAGCUUAUCCACUGCUAAGUUCCAACAUGCCCUAAACCAAAGUACAAAGUAAGAUUUCAUUGCUGUAAGAGAACUGCUGUGCUCUAUUCAUAGCUUUUUUAUGAAAAUGGGAUCUACUUUUUAUUCUAGGACAGACCUAGGGAGUGGAGCAGAAGUACCAAUCUAGGAGGAAGAGAAAAGAGAAAGGGGCCACAGGACACCUCACAAACAGGCUGUGAAGCUUCCGAGAGACCCAUGGACUGAUGCUUUAGCUUAUUUUCCUGAUUACCUGGUUGAAUUUUUCUGGUUUACCUGAGUGACUGGAACUGUUAAUAUGUAUGUGGUGUAGGUUUCAUGUGUGAAUUUUGCUGGUCUUCUGUCUUCAGAGGCACUGAGAAAAUAUGUUGCAAAGUUCCAUGGCCUAGCUUGGACAUCAGAGGACUGCAGUAGCCAUAGUCAUAGUGCUCCUUAGUCUGAAGUUGAGGUAAGGUUUAGCUGCCUAGUUCUGCUUUUGUUUCUAUUUAGAGCAUUGAAGCUGGAUGAGAUCAGAAAGUGAUUAAAAAAACCACACCAUGCUGUGUUUCCCAGGUGAAGUAGACAGAAUUUGCUGUGUUGUCUCCCAGUACUCAAUUUUAAAAACUGCAGAAAACAAGCUUUUGUCAGACUGGAAACCUAAUGGGAAUGUGCCAGUUCCCAUUUAAAAGUCAGGACAAUUUUGAUUGAACAGGCACACUGUUUUAACACUCCUAGAAAGGAAAUAUUGCUGAAAAGGGGAAAUAUUAACUUCCCAGGCACAUCAUCAGUAAGUGGCAGAGCCCUGAUCUCCUAAGGUUUGUUUUAAUAGAUGUUGCUCCACUCAGUAACAAAUCAAACCAACAAAAGGUGUUGUCCAGCUUUGGUAAAUGUGGACACAAGAGUUAUAGGAAGUAUCCAUGGGUAGAAAGGUCAUACCAGUUGGUAUAAGGUGGAAGAAUGGAAGGAGAAAGUAGCUCUGUUACACUCCUGUGAACACUAAUACUACUUUUUAAAAAAAUUUAUUAGGUGAGGGGUUUCCUGAACUCUGAACAUGUCAGAGCUGUUGAAUUGUUUGUAUUCUCUGUGGUGAGACACCAGAUGAGCAGGGGUGGUACAGGAAGAAGCAUUUGCUUUGAAGGAAUACAGACAAUGGUGUCAGAAAAAAUAGGGCUCUGAAGAUCCUUCAGAGUGAAGCUAGGUGGUGCAGUUGACUAGCACAUGAGCUCUAGUCACCUGAGGACUGUUUAAAAUGAAACCUAGUUUUAUUAGCAGUUGCAAAUAAUGUGGCCUCUCCUCAGGAAAAGUAGUGAAUUAUGGUAAGGAAUUUGUAUUAUUAGCCUGCUGCUUUUUGUCUGGCAUACCCAUGAGUUUUUACUUCUCCAAAAAGGAGGAUGAUGAGAAGUGCUAGAGUGCAGGUAGAUAUUAGAAGAUAUGUCUUCAGAACUGUUAUUAAAUACUUGUUAAUUUUUUUUCUUCUCCAUGGAAAGCAGACAUUAUUAGACAAGCAAUAAUGAUAUGUUAGUUAUUAAAGGCUUUAAAUAGUAAUUUUCUUGUGUAAACAUUACUAAUUACCUGCAAGAAAUGAUGAACAUGAGGAUGGUUUUUCUAAGUAAAAAGGUCAGCUCAGGACAGGGCUCAGGAUCCAGCUUCCAGCCCUGGUGCCUCAGACUCUUGACCAGCUCUGUUACCCUUCUUUUUGUUACACCUUCUCUAUUCUUUAGCUUAGUCUAUUUAUUACCUCUUGGUCCCUCAGCACUUGAAAAAUAUAAGUCCUUGCCUAGCUGAAGUGCAGAUACCAGUAGGCUUCUCUGUAACACUGAUCUCUGCUUCUUGCUAUUUCUGUUGUCCUAAAGCAAUUUUGGUUUACUCUGUUUCAGUUGUAACCUUAAGAGUCAUCUCUUAAGAGUGCAGGAGAAAGCAGUUCCAGUGUGUCUGAAGUCAAGAAAGUGAGGCAGGCCAGCUGAGCUGAGCUGAGCAAGGAUUUUCUGCUAGAACUUAGGUGGAAAAGGAAAGUGUGUGGGCAUUGGAAACAAGGCUGGGUAACAUGAGAGUACUAUACAGGUGCUGUUCACCACUGUUGGGAGAAAAUUUUUGCAAUCAAAGCUUGGUAAGAAUUCAAAGUGGCCAGCAAUGAGAAGGAUGAUAAUAAGGUUUUUAAAGAUGUUAACAGCAAAAAGAGGAUCAGAGUUAACAUUAGUUUGUUGCUUGACAAGGUCAGACAUCUCACAAAUAGGGAGGUAGAAAAAAUGGAAACAUUUAAUGCCUUUUUCACUGAGGUUUUCUACACUAGUGCUGGGCCCUGGGAGCUCUGGAGCCUGGUGUUGGAAGACCUUGACUGGGUGGAUGAUAAACUCGCAGCCAACCCUGAGCUUGUUUAAACCUUGCUGCACCAGCUGGACAUGCAUAAAUCUGUGGCACCCAAUUGGAUUCAUCCCCGGUACUGAAAGAGCUGGACAAAGCUACUGUGCAUUCUCUUUCAAUUAUUUUUCAGUGGUCUUGGGAGUCCCAGCUAACUGGAAACUAUCAAAUAUUGUCCCAAUUUUAAAGAAGGAUAACAAGAAAGAUUCUGCUAAUUACGGGCCUGUCAGUUUCACCUCAGUACCUGGUAAAGUUCUGAGAAGGUUGUUCCUGGAGGUACUGAAAAACACUUAAGAGACAACACAAGUCAUUGACCACAGCCAGGGUUCAUGAGGGGAAGGUCCAACUUUAAUUUUCCUUUUAUAACAAGGUCACACAUCUAGUUGACCAAAGGAAGCCAAUAGAUGUGAGGUUUUUUGGUUUCAGUAAAGUUUCUGAUACUUUCUGUAAGGUCUUAAAGAGCACAGUUGCCUGUCUCAAACACUCUCCACCAGAAGGAACUUGACAUAGAUAAGACACCACAGCAGGAACUUAAGCACGAAGGGAGGAAUUUGCAACAGGAAGGUGCUAAUUCCAGACCUGGCAGAGGCAAGAUCUGAUUCGUACAUCCUGGUUAAUGCAUCUGGAAAAAAAUUCCCACUGUGGCAAACUGUAAAGGAAGCAACUGCUCAUACACACACCACCCCAAGUUAUGGGAACAGCAUCUGCAACCAUUCCAUGGAUACCUGGAACUUGGACUGUAUAAAGGUGGUACCUGUGGAAGAAAGACUCCCAGGACCCCCAUCACCAAGAAGCCCAUGGUGAAGAAAGACCAAUGGGCUGCUGCUGGAUCCAUGAGUGGUUUGCUUGACCUCUUUGUCUCCUUCUCUCCCCUCUCCUCACCUUUUCUAUUUCUUUCUAUCUCUCUAUCUCACAUUCACUGUUAAAUAAAAUCUGUAUUAUAGACUUUA